AAUAAAAUCCAACAAACCCGAUAUUCUCACUUUUUUUCCUUACUUAAAAAUGCACACUAACACUCUGCUUUUAUGCAUUUUCCUCCUUUUCAGGGUAAUUGUUGCCAGAUUCUGGCGAUUCAAUAAACCCUUUUACCCCAAAAGCAUAUUUGAUUCGUUACUGGAAGAAACAGAUUUCAAAUGAAUUACCAAAACCUUGGUUUCUUCUCAAUAAAGCAUCACCAUUAAAUGCUGCAAUUGCAACUUACUCAAAACUAGCAGGGGAUCAAGAAUCUCUCUCAAAGGAGAUUUCCUCCUUUUGCUCCUCUGCUAAUCUUCUCUGUUUCCCUGACAUAUCAUCAAGUCUAGAGAAACAUGGUCAAGAUGUGCAAUUUUCUUCCUACAUGAGCAAGAAUUUCACCAACUAUGGAUCUAAAUUGCCACGCGGUUUCGACAGCUUCAAGAAAUAUGCUGAGAAUGACAACCUUCCCGUGAAUUCAUUCCGUCAAUACAGCCGUGGUGGUGCUGGCCAUGAUGAUAUGUUUUCCACUUACGCCCCAAAUGGAAAUGUGGUUGAUCAAAGCUUCAACACAUACGGCACAGGCCUUUCUGCUGGUGGGGUUGGUGAUUUCAAGAACUACGCCCCCAAUGUCAACGUCCCUAAUCUACGGUUCACCACCUAUUCUACUGAGGUAGCGGGCAGAAAGCAAUCUUUUACGAGCUAUACAAAAGAUACAAAUUCCGGGGACCAAUCUUUCACAAGCUACGGUAGAAAUAGUAACGGAGCAGUUAACGAUUUCACCAGCUAUGCUAAUAACUCCAAUGUUAUAGGCUCAACAUUUACCAACUAUGGCGAAUCAGGAAAUGGUGGGGGCAACACCUUCAAAUCCUACGGGUCUAAUGCAAAUGUACCAGAAAAUACUUUCAAAAAUUAUGGUGUUGAUGGUAAUGCUCCUUUCGAGACUUUUAUUAAUUAUCGUGACAAGUCUAAUGUUGGAGAUGAUAAAUUCACAUCGUACGUGGAUGAUCCAAAUGCUGGCAGAGCUAAUUUCGAGAAUUAUGGUCAGUCAUUUGGUGAAGGGUCUGAUACAUUCAAUAAAUAUGGAUCUGGUAUUACUGAUGCUCAAACAGUUGGAUUCAAGACUUAUGGUGUGAACACGACUUUUAAAGAGUAUGGAAAAACAGUUGUCACAUUUGCUGACUAUAAGAACAAGACCAUUAAUCAGGUUUCGGUUUCAUCUUCCUUGGUGUCUGAUAAAAAUGCCAAAAACAAGUGGAUUGAGCCGGGGAAAUUUUUCAGAGAAAAAAUGUUAAAAACAGGAACUAUAAUGGCAAUGCCUGAUAUUCAAGAUAAAAUGCCAAAAAGAUCAUUUUUGCCUAGAGUGAUAGCUUCAAAAUUACCAUUUUCUACCUCAAAAAUUAGUGAACUAAAGACAAUUUUCCACGCCGGAGACGAUUCUCAGAUGGGGAAAAUGAUGAGCGAUGCAUUAACGGAGUGUGAAAGAUCGCCGAGCGCCAGCGAGACCAAACGUUGCGUUAACUCAGUUGAGGACAUGAUUGACUUUUCCACCUCAGUGUUAGGUCGAAACGUUGUCGUUCGAACAACUGAGAAUACAAAGGGGUCAAAGGGAAAUAUUAUGAUAGGAUCAGUCAAAGGAAUCAAUGGCGGGAAAGUAACCAAAUCAGUUUCUUGUCAUCAGAGUUUGUUCCCGUACUUAGUUUACUAUUGCCAUUCGGUUCCUAAAGUUCGGGUAUACGAAGCGGAUAUUUUGGAUCCGAAUUCAAAGGCUAAGAUUAAUCGUGGCAUUGCCAUCUGUCAUGUGGACACGUCAUCUUGGGGAGCCAAUCAUGGUGCUUUUAUUGCACUUGGGUCGUGACCCGGGAAGAUUGAAGUUUGUCAUUGGAUCUUUGAGAAUGAUAUGACUUGGGCAGUUGCUGACUAAAAUGGAUCCUCCAUUGUUCUUAUUCGGGUCGGAUCAUUUAGGAUUACCAAAGAAAAUAACGCUAAACCACUUGUUUGGCCCUAUAGUUAUCAUAAACAACUUUAUAUAUAAGUAUUAUUACACACAGUCAAUUUUCUUGUUCUGAUUGUCAAUCUAAUUUUGAUGCCACUUGUUAAGCUUGUUUUCCUAA